CUGAGCUGUGGCCGAGGUUCGAACGCUUCCGGCGGGUUCGAUACGCUGCUCGUGCGUCAGUUUGUCAGCUCAGGUCGGUGCAUUCGGUCGGGUUUUUUUUUCGGUCAUCGGAGCGUCGCAUCGAAUAACGAGAGAAGUGUGUGUAGUUUCUUAUCGUUAUUUUCUUCAAUUUCGCUUUAUUCUCACACCAAGCUGAGUUAGUUUUUCUGCCACACCAGCCACCAGUGGCAGCAUAAAACACUGAAGUCAAAGUGUCGCGAGUGUUGUUGCUGUUUGUGUGAUUGUGUGUGUGUGUGUGUGUGUGCGUGAGAGAAAGUUUGUGACGUGAUACAGUGGUGUCCGGAGGGGUGUUGGUUCGGUGGGCGAUAGUAGCCGGCGGUACGACACUUCGUGCUCGACGUGCUAACGACGAUAAUAUACGAUUGUAAGCUCCCGGUGACAGGACCGUACCACACGGUCAGCAGUUUUCUUGGCCGGGUGUUUUCCGCACGCCGGGCAACAGGCACGUACACCAUCCCGACUGCCGGCAACGACCAGCAAACGGAAACGGAAAGCGAAGAAAAACUUUCCAGGCAGCAAGCGGAACCCAGCGUACAAGGCACGGCUUGUUCCGCGCUAGUCUUUGGCUGGUUUUGUCGAACACGCCGGGAUAGACGCCGCCGAUUCCUUCAAGGUUCCACCGAUGAGCCGGUUCGGUACCAGCGCCCGAUAGCAAGUGCAUCACGCACAUCGAUUCCGUUGUACGGAACGCCCCCGAAUGGCAGACGCUAGCGGACCUUACACCUUACAGUCGUAGUCGUAGCCGGCCGGCCGUUCGCGCACUCCCAACCCACCUAGCGAUGGAUUUCCAUAAAGCGCCACCGCCCCGGCCCCCGAGCCUGGCGACAGCCCUCUCCAAGGCGAACGAUGUGUACGAUUAUAUAUUCAUCGACAGCGGCAGUCCCGAUUCGUACCUGAGUGCGGACGUCGGCAGCAUCGGUAAUGAGACGUUCUUCAACGAGUCCGCAAACGCGUUCGCCAACACCACCGACCUCGGGCCAGUUCCGGCCAGCAUCAACGGUACCGCCGACGAGCCGCUCGCCGACGUGAUCGUGAUGGCGAUCACCUCGCUCGUCCUCGGGCUGAUGAUUUUAGUCACCGUGAUAGGAAACGUUUUCGUAAUAGCCGCCAUCAUUUUAGAGCGUAAUUUACAAAAUGUAGCUAAUUAUCUGGUCGCAUCGUUGGCCGUCGCCGAUCUGUUCGUGGCGUGUCUGGUGAUGCCGCUCGGUGCCGUGUACGAGAUAAGCCGUGGUUGGAUCCUUGGCCCGGAGCUGUGUGAUAUAUGGACGUCGUGCGAUGUGCUAUGUUGCACGGCGUCCAUACUACAUCUAGUUGCCAUCGCGACCGACAGGUACUGGGCGGUGACUAACAUCGACUACAUACACUCGCGAACUAGCCGGCGUGUCUUUACGAUGAUCUUUCUCGUUUGGUUCGCGUCCGUGAUCGUCUCGCUGGCGCCCCAGUUCGGCUGGAAGGAUCCAGAGUACCUACAACGAAUAGAGCAGCAAAAGUGCAUGGUUUCGCAGAACAUUGCGUACCAGGUGUUCGCCACGUGCUGUACGUUUUACGUUCCUCUCUUUGUUAUCCUAGUGCUGUAUUGGAAAAUCUAUCAAACCGCCAGGCGGCGGAUACACCGACGAGGGCCCAAAAUACCGGCUACACCGAACAGUAGCAAUCAGGAGGAAACACCAAAACCAAAGUCGAAGAUACGCUUUCACCUGAAGAAAAAGUUCACCAAUCCCACCAAGUCGGCCGUUUCGUCGCUCGGCCUGGUAGAGGGCAACUCGACCAACACGGUCAACACGGUCGAGGACACGGAGGACAGUACCGCCAAUGCCGCCGACCGGAAGGGCCUCGAGACGACGUUCAGCGGGGACGAGGGCAACGGGACGCCGCUGGGCAACAAUCAAAUACCGACGGUGUCGUACGAGGUCACGCACCAGCAGCUGGCGCAGGCUGCCGGCUGCUCGGAAUCGAACAAUAACAAUAACCCGGGACGGACCGGGUCGGCCGGCAAAACCAGCCCGAGCGGUAACGGUGGCACCCUGCCCGGCUCCACCUACCCGGUGCAGGCCGUGCACGCCUCCUCGCCGCUGCUGCCACCCCAGCACCAGCACCACAAUGCGGCGACGGCGGCAAAGCAACCGGCCGGCACACCCACUGCCCACCUCACGCCCGGCAGCGCGGGCAGUGGGCUGCAGGGGGCGGGCGGUGGCUCCACCCUCAACAUCGCCAGCACGCCGAACCCGCAGGCCCAGGUCUCGAAGCGCAAGGAAACGCUCGAGGCCAAGCGGGAGCGGAAGGCGGCCAAAACGCUGGCCAUCAUCACCGGCGCGUUCGUCGUCUGCUGGUUGCCGUUCUUUCUGACCGCGCUGCUGCUGCCGCUGUGCGAGAGCUGCUCGAUCAACGACACGGUCGCGUCGCUGUUCCUCUGGCUCGGCUACUUCAACUCCACGCUCAACCCGGUGAUCUACACCAUCUUCAGCCCCGAGUUCCGGCAGGCGUUCAAGCGCAUCCUGUUCGGCACCCACCGGUCCGCCAACUACCGGCGGGGCAAGCUAUAAAGCUGAUGACGAGCUGGCGACGAGCGGGCGGAGCAGGAGCGAAUGCAGCCACGGCGCCCCCAACCGAUGCGGAGGACGGAAGUGAAGCCCACCACCAUCUCCCGAUUGUUCAUCGGUCGCUUAAUCGUGCCGAUCAAGGCGUGCCCUCGGCGAACAAAAGCGUUGCUUGUGUAAUUUUCGCCCACGACAAAUAAUCAAACGGAAAUCGUCGUCGUCGUCGUCCGUCGCCGUCUUGGGAGCGUUGGCUGCGUUGCCAUGGAAAGAAACCGGAAUCAGCCGAACGGAAGCACAGGCACUGCCACGGGAUGGUCGUGAAAGAGAACAGGUAGUAAUGAUGAUGUAAGGAUGUCGUCGUCUUACACACACCAAAAAAAUACGGAUCUCCGCCUCCGAGAAGAGCGACAAAUUGUGCCGGGACGCUCGCCAAGGUGUGCCAAAAAGGUAAAAUUGUAGUGUGCAAAAAGGCAUACAAAAAAAAACCCCCCACGAAAAGGAGGUCGUAUUUUUGUAGAUUAUUUUUUCUUUUCUUUUCUUUUUGAUUUCGGUCUCGGUCCUCCCUAUCCCCGAGUUUAUCUUUAUUUGUUGCCUCCAGGGGGAGGGCGUCGGGAUGAGAUUUUCUUGUCCACGGCUACGCGGAUUUAUGUAUCCGCGGUGUGUACGCACAUAACUCAAUUAAUGUCCUGCAUGUCCUGUACCAGCAAAUGGUGUUUUAUGUAUAUACAUGUAUAUGGCUACGGAUGUGUGUGUAUGUGUGAGUUUAACAAAACCACCAAACACACACACACGUCUACACGAAGGGUAGUAAAAACUCACGCCUCGUCGCCACACGAGAUGACACACACACACACUAGAAGCAAAAGAAACCCCUCACGAAUGUACAAUUUAUGAAGAUGUGCUUCCGGGAACAAAACACCGGGACGAGAAGCAGCAUUGCACAGCGAGCGGCAAAGCGGUCGUUCCAUUUUUGCCCGAAGUGCAUUCCACUUCCUGGUGGAUGAUAUUGUGUGCGCGCUUUUUGCCCCUCCAACAGGAUACGCACCGUACUCAUCACAGAGAGAGAGAGAGAAAAAAAAAGAGAGAUGCAAACAAAAAAGAAAGAAACCUGCUCGUAAUCCUCAGAAAACGGCCCUUCGCUGUCUCAAACCCAACCGUACUGAGCUCCACGGUAGAGACGGCGAAGGGCCACAGCGGACGGACGCACCAGGUAGAGAAGAAUAAAAUAAGUACGCGCCGUAUCCUGUGAGCAAUAGCGGCGCACUCGUCUCGUGGUCUCAUCGCGCCAUUAUCCUAUGCCCGCCCAGCGAGCAGCAUCCCGGUGCUUCACCAUCGCACGCUUACGCACCAUCAUCAUCAUCAUUUUGAGCGGCCAUUCCAUCCGUUCCGAGCUUUUCUCCGAGCCUGUCCCCCAUUCCGGAAGCUUUUUUCUCAUUCAUCCUCCUUUUCUAUGCGCUACCCCAUUAUUGGCAUUAUUGUCACACUUUGCGCUUUAAAGCGUGCCUCUCCGCGGUGGUGGUGAUAGUGUGUGUAAGUGACCUCCGAACGAUGGACUUUAUUUUUUUUUUGUGCGUUGUACAAACACUCGCUCAGGCGGCUCGAGCAUGUCCCGCUUUGAGUAAAGAUUCAAUUUUAAAGUACCCCCGGUGCGCGGGGAUGGCAACGCACCGCAUGGCUAGGAUAAAGGUGAACGUGUUUUUGAUCCUUAGGGAGUUUCCCUCGUUGUCCAACCGCCAACCGAACCACCCUCACCGGAUCGAUGCGAACGAUUAUGACUUCCUUGUUGGCAUUGUGUACGGGCUUUUCUGCCACGGGGAAAGCAAUAAGCAUUUUGUGGUUUAAUAUUUAGUUGUUAAGCUAGAAAAAAGCACAUGAAUCGGAGUUUCUGUUUUGUUGUGAGCUGAAGUUGAUUUUUUUUUGUAUUGUGUUUGGAUUUGAAAUUUGGAUUCACAUUCAUGCAAGUAUGUCUAUUUUAUGCAUUUUAGACCUUUUUUAAGUGAACGAUAACGAUUUAUUACACCUUAUUGCAUACCUUCAGGCGCUUAUCAUUAUUUCAAAAGGAGAUUUGCUCAAUACGACCACAUUUCUUUCCUAAGUAAGAUUUAUUAUCAGUUUAAAACAACUUUUUUAAACAUAACGCCAUUGAAAUACAUUGCAUAACGAAAGGCGCUUAAUAAUAGCCAAGGCACUAAGGGAAUAGUUAGCAAAAGCACCAAGAGCCUAUUUUAUGAUUGUCAUUUUUUAUCCUAUUAAUUUCUUUACAAAUCCCAUGUUAAAUGCCUUGAAACGCAUAAAAGCAUCCAAAUAAGAAAAAAUCACAUUUUAGAUUAAAUAAACAAAUUACAUAAACAUACCUUUGCAUACCUUUAGGCGCUUCAUCACAGUACAGAAACAAGCAUUUAUCAACAGCAAAAAUUUGCAUGAAAUGUAAAAAAAGGUGGUGAAAUGAUUUUAUCGUUGUUCACAAACUGUUUUUUUUAAUGAUCAUUUUACCUGCAAUCGUACGUUUAUAGCCUCAAUCAUGCAUGCAUGUUGGAAGCUUCCACACAGUUGUAAUAGCAUGUAAACCCUGCGUGAAUGGAUGGACAGGCGUUUUGUCUUUCCUCCCCCCUGCUUUUUCAAAGCUUUUCCGUUCCAGUUUCUUACCGUUUAUCGGUACGAUCGAAACACACCACCUGGAAAGGUAAAUCGAGGCUUGAGGAGCCACGGCUUAGCUUGCGUUCGCGUGGCACCUCCGACAAGGUGCCGGUUUUUGCCUCUCUUGUGAAAGGUUUAAAUUUGUGUCUCUUUUCAAAGUCCCAUUUUACCCUUUGAGCAUCUUGAUGGAUCCUGCGCUCGUUACCAGCGGCAUUCACAAGCGCCAGCUUAUCUGCCCCUGUCCCCUCCGUGAGGUACAUCCUUGCCGAGUGUCGGAGGUGUCGAAAGUGUUCUUCCCAUCUUUCGCCGUCGUACACCGGAGACGCAUGUCAUUUUUCCAACACCUUUUUUGUGUUGCUGCUGCUGCUGCUGCUACUUUCCAUCAAUCGAUAAGAGCGGCCGACGAGCAGGAAGAGAAAUAUGGCCAAGAUGCUGAUGGUGAGCCGAAUGAUACUGACAGAGCGGCACUCCGCUUCGUAAUAGAAUUGCGCCCGUAAUUCACGGCAACCCAGGGCGGUAAUCCAGAGCCGGUCUCGGGGAAGCCAACUUUCCCGUAGCCAUCCUGCCCCGGAUCGCACCGUAGCUGAUUCGCUAUUCAACUUCAUUUGCCAAGGGCCAGCCGAGACCGUAGGCAAAAGGUGAAAAGGGCGUUUUGGUAGCGAAGCAAGCAAGCAACAACAAAAAAAUGGAGAAAGGGAUCAAGUUUAGCAGGCAAAAGCUUGCCAGUGCACACACAUGGUGCGGCGUCUGCUUUCAAUCAUCAUUUAAAGCAUAAGCUUCACGCUUGUAUGAUUAUAUAUGUAUGGACAAUAAUUCGCAUUCAUCCCUGCCGGGGAGUUGGGUCAGGUUAAGCUAAUGUAAUGUAGUGAGCGAUUUUCUCUUCUCUCUUUUUUAUGCUGUUGCUUUUUCGUGCGCUUUUUGUACGUGGAAGCGUGAUUUGUUCCUCGAAUUUGAUGCGCUAAGCGAGCACCUUAAGCUUACGUUUUGGGGGAUUUGGUGCUAUAAAAAAAUCACGAGGAAACCCGCAGCACCAAGCAGAGGACGCAGCCAGGGUUAAAACUGAAUUUAAAAGCCGCUGCCAAAUAUCCCCACAGGGGUCGGGUCGGCUGACCCGGUAACUGCUGCGGUAACGAUUUAUUUUUAUAUUACAUUCUCUUUGAUAUGUUGCGUCAGUUCUUUUUUUACAUGUUUUCCUCCCUAUACGCUUUGUUACAUGUUUUAUGAUGACUGCGUGUGUGUGGCGUUCCUAUUAUGAUGGCCAAUGAAUAAAACAUAAUUUUGCAAAACGGUCAACGAGCAUCGGGGGACGCUUGCGGUAUCCCAUCAGCCAAAUAAAUGAUGGUUUUAUAAGCCGCUAGACUGCAUUAGUGUGUCCAUUUUCUGUCAAUUGGAUUUCUUUUUUUUUUGCAAAAGCUUAUUUCCAUGUGUGUGAGUAAUAUUGGCUUAAAUAUCGAAGGAUUUGUGCUGUGUGCAAACUGAUUCAGCAAAGGAUGCUAUUGCAUGGCGUAUUGCAUACCUUUAGGCGUAUUUAAAGAAUUAACUACAAACGCAACUUUCAUGCACAACUCACCUCGUUUCCGCCCGUGCGCUAAUGAGCUGUUGCCCAGCAAAGCUCUAAAGCGUUUCAUUACACCCAAAAGGUUUACGCUCUGCAAUUAAAUCCUCCAACCGAUCUGUCGAUCGGCGAACGCCAUUUUAAUACGCUCCCUUUCAAAUACGGAAUAGAAAAUUCAAUCCACGCCAGUGAACGUUGGGGCGCAUUUAAUGUUGCUCAUUACCGCGCGAAACGAUGUAAAAGCCAAUUACAAUCACAUCAUUCAUCUCCCCCCAGUGUCCCCAGUGUCAACCGGUCGGUUUAAAUCCCUUACCUUAGCAAGGCAAACAGGUACAAAAAAGAAGCGCGCUCUACCGGGUUUUGUCCGCCACCUUCCGGACCGCAACCGUCAUUGCCCUUUCGGUUGGUUCAGUAAUCGAUUAAAAGUGACAGCAUUCUCGAUCGAAACCUCAACAUCUUGCGCAGCGGUAGGUGAACGAAGGAAAAAAAAUAGCCUCAACACACUGGCAAACCCGUGUUGCACCUUCCCCACUGCCAACAGGCAGCUCAAGGGGUUUUUAUGGGAAUUUCUGAUUGAAUUUUAACCGAAAGCUCCGGCUGGGCUGUCCCCAUUAGCAUUACUAAUUUCGGCCCAAUCGAAUGACGCAGACCAAGCGGCCCCCGGUGUCCUAGCAGGGGGGCCGGCCGGGCUCAUUUGGGCCGUGUUCGGCAGGAAGCGCCUUAAAUUAGUUCUCCCUCCAUACCACUCGAGUCGCUGGGCCUGGCGGGACUUUGGUCCUUCCGAUGGGAGCUAAUCAACUAAAAUUAGCAUCUUUUCCCCUCCUGUCUGCAUGUUUUGCAUUUGUUUUCGCCUGUUUAGUGGUUACCACAGCAGAAAUGGGGGGGAACCGCGAUCGGGAAGGCCACGCAGCUGCCCAGAAGCCCUGCAAAGAUGUGAGCCGAUGUGUGUGUGUGUGUGACACUAUACAGCAUCGGUUGUCUGUACGCACUGAUUAGAUUAGGUUUUCAGGAGUGGUUUCCCAGCUGCAAGCAAACGAACCGUUCACAUUACACUGUCCUUUGUCCUUCUCUCUUUUUUUGCCCUGCAACUCCCAAACUUCUGGUUCGAGAGCUUUCCAUUUUCUACUGUCUCAUUUUCCGGCCUUCCUGCCUUCGUUCGAGCCAGCCAGGAUCGGCGGGAAUACCAUUUCAAAAGCAAUCAAUCAACCAUUUGUGUUUCCCGGGGUUGUUGGUUUUUUUUUGUUUCCGCUUUCUAGUGUAUCCUUUUUUUUAUUAAAAGAAAAAGAAAGGCAUUUUUUAUGCUGUGUUUUGUUUGGUGCGCGGUAAAACCCAACCCAUAAUGCCCUUCGCUCACCGCUGUGGUUGCAGUUUAUACGGAUCGGUAUUUCAAUGAUGUCUCAAGCUUGUGACUUUAUCUCGUCGUUAUAUUUGAGAGAAGAAGAAAAAAAAAACGCCCCGCAUUUUCCGAUCGGAACAACGCGGAACGCGAAAGGGUAAAACAAAAUCUCUGAAACGCGACAUCCAGACUCCGUGCACGGUGGGUUUGGUAGGGGACAAAAUAGAAUUGCAUGAUUUAUUAUUUUAAUAGGUUUGAUUUGAAUUAAAUUAAACUCAAUGUUUGCAGUUUUAUAUGAUUUGUUUGGCAAUAAAUAUAAGAUAAAUUCGACGAAAUACAAAAUUACACACUUCAAGGGUUAUCAAUCCCACAGAACCAUAAGAUAGAUAAUGUUAUGAAUUACGGUCUACAUGGCGAACGCUUCCAUGCCAUCUUAUCUCCUCAACAUGAGACUAUGUGCCACGAUCUCUCGGUCAUUGUGGACGAUCUUAAUGGACUUUAUUGGCUGGGUCGUUCGAUUAUAUCGCAAUUAACCCACCAGAGCUUGACGAGCUUCAUACGCUGCACAAGAUAUGUACGUACUGGUACCUUCAAGGUACGAUAUCUCUGGCUGCCGAGACAAAUUCUUGGAGAUAAACUGCUUUCUAUGGGUAUGGAAUGACUGGAUGGUGCGACCAGUGCGCGACUCAGUUUUCGUGCAGUUGUCGGGAUGACGUUUGACCCAAGAUCAUGGAAGACUUCAAAAGAUUGUUCGCUUAUCCUACGUCACUCCUAGGUAGGUCUAGAUUUGGUAGUCUACAGCUACCUAUAAGAGCUACAGACCAAUGUCUAUAUAUGAAGCGUAUGACAGGAUAUAGAAUAACUUUUUAAAGUCUCCACCAUCUACAGACUUGACCACUUACUAUUCCACCAGAAAUGAGAUGUAUCUGAAGAAUGGUUUUUAUUAAUUUUAACAUCAAUCCUCAUUCAACUGUUUCAGCGUAUUAUCUUUUUACAUCAUCGUGCUAAAAGGUCCAUUGCAUGUCCACUACCUUGUACCACUGUGCCCUAACGAUGCUUUUCCACUUGUGCUUGGGAGCUUUGCUACCCACCGUGCGUAUCGAUAUCGCUCGGUGGAUGUCUUAAGCGUUCAUCCAUCCUUUCUCCACUCCACGAUUCCAGUUCUAUUUUUUCCACCUUCACCCAAACCACUACAGUAAAUCUCCUCUAACGAUCGUGACACUGCUCGUGCCCGGACGGGCGUAACCGGAGAACGAAUGACAUUGAUGGGGAGGCUGUAUUUUUUUUGUUGUAGCAGUUUUCCUUCUGCAGCCUCUCAUCCCGGGCCUCGCCGAAUCGAUUGUUGACGAAGCUGGAAGUCGCCGGCGAGCUGGUCGAUAUCGAUAAGCGCAUCUACGUGCGUAUCAAAGUUGAUGAGAGAUUGAUGGGCGUCUCGAAGCGGCAGCAAAAAAUAACAGCGACGAGGCAGAGAUGUGGACACGGUUUUGCUUUCUUUAACCCGCUAAAGCAAAAACUACCACUCCUCAGGCUUGUGCUGUACUUCCUGCCCGUGCAUGAUUGCUCUCUUUUUUUUUUCUUCGUUAGUUGGUGUCUGCGUUGCUCUUAACGAUUCGAUUCCCGAUAUCAUAAUAUCGAGCCUAUCGGUGUUUUUUUUGCUUUUCUUUUUCCCGUUCUCAAAUUCACCGCUGUCCGGGGAACACUGUCCCAGCCACAAAAGCACUCACAAGCGACGUACGACGGUGACAAAACAAUGAAAAACUCAUCAACAAUCUGGAUCGCACGCGCGCUCGUAGGGGUGUGUGUGUGUGUGUGUGAACGCAGAAGCCGGGAAAAGGGCAAGUGCGUCAGUAACCUUUUUGGAAAAUCCUGAGAAAGGGUUUAUUAUUUUCCUUCCUGCUCCCUUCCGAACGUUCCUCCACGUAUUCUUUCGCUCGUUUCGGUUGUAUUGUUGGCGAUUUGGACAAUUGAUUUGAAUGGAAGCGUGGAUGCAAGAAGUCGCGUAGGCUUCGGGAUGGGCGGCAAACCGCGAAAGGGAUCGAUUUUUAUGCUUUCCUCCAGUUUGGUUACGGUUUCGGUAACGUUGGGCGGAAGGUUGGAGGUUGGGUUUAAAAAUCUUCCAAGAAGCUCAACCAGCAAAAUGAUUUGCAAAUGUACGCCUCCCUUCGUUGCCAGAUGUUUGCCGUUCCUUUUCUCGGGCGUUUCUUUUUUUUUUCAGUUUUGUUUCCUCUUCAGCCUUUAGCAGUGAAGCAACAUUAUAAAUGAUCAGUGUAGAAUUACCACCCCGAAUGAUGAUUACGUUGUUAUGGGCUAAUUUUUGACGGACGAAACUUUGACCGGACUUUUGGGGUAGCUGUGUUUUUUUGUUGUCGUUGUUGUUGUUGUUGUUGUGGUUUUCAUCCUACACCAUUGUGUAAUUUCUGCACGUAGCGCACUUCCUGUACGUCCAAAAAUGGGGACGACUUAUGGGAAGGGGCAAAAAAGAGAAGAAAAAAACCUACCACCACACCCACACCAAAAAGGGGUACAGUAAUGAGCGAAGAAAAACCACAGCAAACGUACUCGCAAAAGUUUUGCGUUUGAUGUCGAACGCAUUUGACCCAACCGCUGCGUGAACGCUCCGGACCUUUGCGGCAGAAAGAAAAAUUGACGGUUGGGCAAAUUUGAUUACAAUCCUUUUAGCAACGUUGCUGUGCGUUGCGGGCGCGUAUGCUUUAUUGUUUGGAGUGGCAUUUUUGCUUUGUUGUGUUGGACUGCUGCUUUUUUCCGUCGGACGCUUCCGCCUCGCGCUGCUGCGUGUUGUUUCAAGUAAUGAAAAUAAGCUCAACGCAAUGUGUUUAAUUAGCGCCGGUGCGCGUACUGUUGACACAUCUAAUGGUGUCGGUCGCCCGGUUUUGACAGUGAAAUGUGAAGCAAUGGCGGAAUAAUACUGUCGAGUUUCAUCAUCAACUGAAUCAAAAUGGCUUAAACAAAAAAUAAACACACACACACACAUACAGUACACGGUGGCAUUCAUGGUCGUGAUGAGGAACAGGCGAACUGUUUCAUUUUUUUAUUCUGCGCAGCUUCUUUUUUUACCAUUCAAAAGCAUCUAUUUUAAGAAACGGCAACACUGCUGUUUCUUCUUCAGCUUCUUUCCAAGGGUUGUAAUUAAAUUUUCCCACUACUGUAAAUUAAGCGUUGUGGUUGGUUUCGCCUUUCGUUUUUGUGUGUCCUUUCGAGCGACUUAACUACAACGACACACACAGAGCGUGGGGUGAAUUUGAAAUGCUUCUAUGUUUUUAAUUAUUUAAUUUUCCUAAAACAUUCAACCCCCAAUUCGUGUCCCCCUUUAUGGGAGGUCGGCUGUACCCGUUUGCUUUGGGUCUAAAUGGUGAAAUUAAGUUAACUUCUGUGUGGAAACACGUUUGUUAUGAUGUUGUAGACUUUGCUGGCUUCACACACACACACACACUGUACAGCCUUAAAGUUUGAAAAGAUUUUUUCCCUGCUCGAUGGUUCGGGAAAGGUUCGGUAUAAGAUGAUUGCCUUAUUAAACCCCUGCGUAAAUGUCCAAUAGCUAUGCAUAUGAUAAGACUCAAAACACACAUAUAGAUAAGCCCCGUGCAAGACGCCUCAAUGGGUGUUCGUUUGUAUCGUUGUCCUCUCAAUCGUUCCCAGCCGGGUUGGGUCUUGGUUGUCUUGGGCGAAACUUUUCAGAUCUGCAUAAUCUUGCCUUUUUCCUUAAGGAGUAGGGGACUUUUAAACUUUAAACCCUUUUGUUUAUCGAAAUGGAGAGAAAAAUUCGAACAGGGAUUUUAUUCAAGCUUUGCAUUCACAUUCCAUAACCGGUGCAAAAGAUUUCAAUGGUUUUAAAUAUAUGCAUGCUUUCAUAAUGAAUGGGCCCGAACAAUAUGUUUCUCUUGGCAGAUUAUGUCUUGUGCUAGUGGCGACGUGAUACUGGAUGACUUGAGUUUUAAACUCUCAGUAAAGUUAGAAAGGUUGGGAAGUUAAUUAAAGAACACACUCACUGAAUGCUUUGAAUUAUUAAUAUUUUAUCUCUUUGAACCACCCGCACCAGUGCCGUUCGUCGCCGUAAUGUCUCAAAAUCAAACAGAAUACAAAAUUGUCCUUUGUAAUCGGCGAAACAAGCUGCCUCAGUUUUAUGAACAGCGCCAAGAAAAGUCACCCACUCAACACUCCACUCAAUCCACCAUCCAUCGAACAACCGGCGAUUGAUCCUUUCGAAACGCUCGCCCUUUUUUAUGCUUCUCCUUCGGCGAAACCAAACCCUUCACUCGAACAGUUAUUACAUUUUUAACGACAUUUAUUACGCUAACCCUGAGCUGAGCUCCCAUUUCUAUGAAUGUCUGUCAAAGUUGGGAUUAGGUGAAAUGCUGAAAUGCGGUACGAAUGACGGAAAUUUUGCACCUAAUAAGGCAUGUCCCCGGUAGCUUGCCCGCCGCCUGCCGUAGCCCGGCUUGGUGGUGCUACAGCAUUCGCACGAACCGGACGACCGGAAAUUAUCCAUCGACACAGCUAGCAGUUCUGGCCUGAAAUGCUCUAACAAGUUACUCAUUACGCCGUUCAAUCGAGCUGUUGACAAGCGUUUCCGUUGUGCUGUCUAAUGGCACUGUGGGAUCUGUUCGUAGAACGGAAGGAAAAUGGUUAUUAGUUUUUCUUAGAGCGCUUUCGCUUUCGAUGGUGAUAACGUUUUGGUGUUUUAUAAAUUAUUUUUAUUUUCAUUUAAAAACCCGUCGUCACAGUAAUGAACGUUUUGGAGCAAUCAUUAGAAAAACAGAGAAGGUAAAACAUUAAAGUAACAACUCUGUUCUAUUUCCUUCAUAAACAUCUAUAAAACCAUCCAAAGCACAAACGACAAGGUCAGUGGUACACAGUGCAAUUGUCUGCUUUGCUGGUUGAAUAGCUGAUAUUACUGUAGCUGAAUCUGCUGAAAUCAGCGAUCCGCUCGGCUAGUUCUCCAUAACAUCUACACCCUACAGUACACUUUUGCUGCUAAUUGCACACGUACCAUUAUAGACACAAAUGUCCCAUUCACACAAAAGUCCUUUCACUGACACUGAGCAACAACAGCAGCAGCAGCAGUAGCAGCAGGAAGAGGAAGCUUCGGCAUCGAAUCCUUCUUUCCUUAUUGCGGAAGCAGCGACAGCUAGAAACAAUGGUCUCUCGGCCACCACACCCAAGUCCGGAACGGUAUGACUAAUCGUUAAAAAUAAUGAUUAUUAGCGUGCUGGAGCCGAACGAAACAAAGAAAAGCUGGCUGGGACGAUCCCUCAGACCGACAGAGUGUACGUUUCUUGUGCUGGUUCUUAAACUGCGCUAAGAAGCAGCACAACACAAAACGUACAGCCGGUAUGCGGUUCGGAAUGCUUCCAAUUGAUUCGUCCUUUUUUCCUGUGCCAAACUGGCCCUUGGAAGGGUUUUGCUUUUGUUAGACAAAGAGUUUUUGAGUUACUGGGCUUUGUUUAAAGACGGUUUUAAUGAGACGAUCUCGUGUGACACUGUGUUCUUCCUUGUUACCCACCUCUUACGACGAAAUGAGGUGAUCGGGCCCAUUAUAUGAUCAGGUUCAUACCUGACAUUCAGUCGUUGAUUAGUGUUAAACAAGAAGCCAGUUCUGUUCGACGAAAUAAACGAUCAAAACCACGUUCAAUCCACCAGGACAGGAGAAUAUUGCGAGAAGGUUUACAGGGCAAAAUCGAAGACUCGUUGCCAAUGUACCCUUUGUUUUGUGCAUGUAAUCUACAUCUUCUGCAUCUUGUACAUGUGAGCGUGCGGUAAGACGAGGCGUGAGGAGGAAUGUGCUGUGGUUGUGUAGUUAAAGUUAAAAUCCUUACACACACACUACCCUGUAAAAUGAUCCCCAGCACGAUCACAAUUGCUGACAUAAUGUUGCGUAAUGUUGUACCAAUGUAAGAGUUGCGUGUACGCGAAGCUAGUUAAACAUGCCAGCCAGAAGUUCGAAGUAAGGAAAUAGACGAAAAACAAACCCGUUUUUGUUAUAAAAAUGUGUAGGAACUCUUAAUAGAUCAUAUAGUUAAAUUGUAAAGUAAAUCGUACGCAAACAUACGUAGCCAUAAGGACAAAGCAUCCUAGAUGGAAAGGAGGAAAAACAAAACGAAACAGCGAAAUCAACCCGUAACCACUCAGCAAAUGCCACCGAGAGUUUUAGUGUAUAGGAACCAUGUAGCUAGACAGAAUGCUAUUUGAUGAAAUGGACUAAGCCAAGGGAGGGUGUAAGUGUGUGUGUAUGUGUAUGUAACACAGAUAUAGCCAAUUUAGACUACUUUUAAUGGUUGUUACAGCUCCGUACAUAACGGCUGCCGUCAGUUGCGGAUGGAUUUGAAUGUGUCUAUAACAAAACAAAGCGUGCAAACACGCACAUAUACAUACAUAUAGCAUAGUAUACAUUAGAUAUAUAAACGAAAUGGGAGAACAACUUUAACUAUACGUACUUAUUAUGCCAAAAUGUCCAACAAAACAAACAAAAACGCAAAGGAGGGCGGCACAAGCAAGGCUAGCUUAUACAACGUUACUGUACAUUAUCAAACCAAAUACAAAACACAAACGAACGAUGCGGGAUGUUUUUAGCGGAUAAGGAUACGCACGUCUCGAUGCUUCUUUCUGCCCGAAGAAGUUUAAACACGAGACGAUGCAUGUUUGGAUGUUUUGCAUUACUCCAGACAGCACUCAAAAAAAGCGGUUUGCCCCGGGAGUGUUUACAGCGUAAUGCCAAAUAUGCGGACGAAACGUAUAGAUGAAAACAAAAGUUAAUAGGUUUAUGGGCUGGGGCAGAUGUAGAUUGUUAAUAUAUUUAAGUAUUACAAAUAAAAGUAUAAGAAAUUGAGCGACGAGUGAGUAUGGGAAAUACGGUGAAGAGGGGAGAAGCAAACACUAUUUUUGAAAAGGGAAUUUGUAAAAAACAAAACAAUAUCAUAUGUGUCAAACCACGCACAAAUAGAUCGUGGCGAUCGGUGAAGGAGCCCACUUCACCAUCACGGCGGUAUAAUGUACAUAGUAAUGGAAUAUAUUUGAGGGGAAGCACUUCCCCAUUUGUCUAGAAUAAAAUACAAACUGUUAAGCUACGCUACGAAACAUUAGAUUGCGCUUGUGUACGUACGGUACGUAUGGUGUACCAUAUAUUUUAAAACCAGUGAGUAAGAUGCAAUUUCAGUGCAUGCCGAAGAAUUGACCGCUCACAUGGGGAAACGAAGUGCGAAGACCUAGAAAGACCAACCAGCCAGAGGCUCACGCCGGCAGCUGAGCUAAAAGCUAAUUGAAUCUUAUCCUUCACGCUUCACACCAAGUUACGGGACGGAGCAGAUCUGCAGCUCCCAACAUUGCCCCACACUCGUCUAGCUUCACGUCUGACUACAAAACAAUGAUCCAUAUAUCUGUUGGAUUCUCAAGUGUAAAAUGGGAGCACGUGUGAAAGAGAAAAGAUCAAAACAACUAGCCAAAUAGUGAAUCAAAUCGAUACUAAACAAAACAAGUAACAAGUUAAUCAAAACAUAACUAAAGCUGAGCGUCACACGUAAACUCGAGAUGCUACCGAAACACACACACGCACACACACAAAAAAACGCACUACGCGUGCAAAACAGAAAGCAACAAACUAAGGAUUGUGAAUUUGUUAAAGGUUAUUGAUUAUAUUGUUAAGAGUACAGGAUAUGUGUUUAAAAAUCUCAAAUCAAACGUACGUACCAUAGUGGGGCGGGGAUCGCCGUUAAGCGAACAGUUCAAUAGAAAGCAAAAACCAAACCACAGAAGAGGACAAAACAAAAAAAAAACAAACAAACAAAACAAACGAAAACGAAACAAAACAAGAAAUAAACAUAACAUUGAAUAAAGACAAAAGCAACGGCUUAUUAUUUA